GCCAUAUCGUCGUCGUCAUCAUCGACCGCCAUGUUGAUGACCUCCACCGUAUCAAGGCUCCCUCCUUCUUCCACAACACCUCCAAUCCUCUGCUCUGCUCAGCGAACUUGCAGCCCUUCCAAUUUCACCAGAACCACAAUUAGAAGAAUAACGAGGAUCCCACCGAGCUCCGUGAUAACUAGUGCUUCAUUAUCAUCAUCGGACAAUGAUAGGACGGUCACUUUUGCAUCACCUUCGGCAACCACGCCAACGCCAGCAACAAGUAAAGAAGGUAUUGGUUGCGAAAUGGAAUCUGCGUCGGACGUGGUGAGGAGGUUCUAUGGAGGAAUCAACGGCCAUGAUCUUGCCUCCGUGGAGGACCUUAUCGCCGAAGACUGCGUCUAUGAGGACCUUAUCUUUCCUCGUCCCUUCGUUGGCCGCAAGGCUAUCCUGGAGUUCUUCAAGAAGUUUAUAGAUUCUAUCAGCAUGGACCUCCAAUUUGUUAUUGAUGAUAUAUCUGUUGAGGACUCCAUUGCAGUUGGAGUCACAUGGCAUUUGGAAUGGAAAGGAAAGCCUUUCCCCUUCAGUAAAGGUUGCAGUUUUUAUCGGCUCCAGGUUGUGAAUGGCAGAAGACAAAUAAUUUAUGGUCGAGACAGUGUUGAACCUGCAAUCAAGCCUGGGGAGACAGCCUUGGUUGCUAUCCGAGGCGUUGCCUGGUUGUUGAAACAAUUUCCACAGCUAGCAGACUGGCUAUGAGAAAUCGCUUUGUGCCAUACACUAUCCAUCAAAAUUGAUUAGGAAUUGCCGGGCAAAGAAAUGGCAUAGCCAAAUAACUGGAAUUUGUGAAGGAAAAUGAAACAAGAAUAUUAGUGGGGAGAGCGCAGAAACAAGAAUGAGAUUGCAAGCAACAUUUGUCCUACUCAUCUAGAUUUACAUGUUUCAAGUGAAUAUAUGAUCUUCUUUUGGUUAGAUAGUGUGGUGGAUAUUGUGUAAAUUUACCACUCUACUCUUCAAGUACAUAUAAUUUUGUUGAUAUCAACAAGUUAAUAUGAUGGUUCAGGCCGCAGCCUUGCUGGGGUCCUGGGGAAGCUUUAUGAA